CCAACACCGGCACAUCCGUGCGCAUCUAUGUCACCACCGGACGGGUCUCCAAGUCCAUGGAUAAAAAGGAACAGAAGGCAGCAGAAUGGUUGUUGUGGGAGCGAGUAACGCAACUUUCGGUGGUGGCAACAUGAGGUCGUCGUUCAUGAUAGAAGAUAGAGCCGGUGGUGGAGAUCCCGGGGGCUCCACCAACAUGAUGAUCUCGGAGGCUCUUGCGCCCCGGCUGCUGAAGAUUGCGCAGGGCGCCGCAGAGGCAGCAGCAGCAGCGGCAGCAACGACUUCUCCAACCACCUCCAGUCAGCCGCAGGUCAUGGAGACGAACGGGACCCGGUGCGGCGAGCAGAUCCUAAGCUAUGGCCGGUUUGAGAAAGUCCUGAUCGGCGGGGUGCUCACCAUGCUCACACUGUCCACCAUCUGCGGGAACUUACUGGUGGUCAUCUCCGUGUGCUUCGUCAAAAAGCUGCGCCAGCCGUCCAACUAUCUGAUCGUUUCGCUUGCCGUGGCGGACCUGUCAGUGGCUCUGGCCGUGAUGCCGUUUGUCAGCAUUACGGACUUGAUUGGCGGUCAGUGGAUAUUCGGACAGUUUUUCUGUAACGUUUUUAUCGCCAUGGAUGUGAUGUGCUGCACCGCGUCCAUCAUGACUCUGUGCGUAAUCAGCAUUGACAGGUAUCUGGGUAUCACAAAACCCCUGACGUAUCCUGUCCGGCAAAACGGCUGCUGCAUGGCCAAAAUGAUCGUGUCAGUGUGGCUCCUCUCAGCCUCCAUCACCCUGCCCCCUCUGUUCGGCUGGGCGCAGAACGUCAAUGACGGAAGAGUUUGCCUCAUCAGUCAAGACUUUGGCUACACCGUCUACUCUACAGCUGUGGCGUUCUACAUCCCCAUGUCAGUGAUGCUGAUCAUGUACUACAGGAUCUACCGGGCGGCCAAGCUCAGCGCUGCCAAGCACACCAUCACUGGCUUCCCCAGGGACGGGGAGCAGAGUGCAGGGGCGGCUCCUCGGGGGGGAAGAGGGGGGCAUGAUGCUCACCGGCCAGCAGCAUCAGGAGAAACAGUUAGUGUCGAAGGGACAGAGGCUGAAGAGGAGGAACCUGAGGAAGAGGAGAGCUUGGACUGUGUGGCAGCAGCGUUAAAGCUCCAGCGUGAGGUGGAGGAGGAGUGCAGCACGCGCGUCUCUCGCCUCCUCAAGACCGGCGAACACCACCAACGCCGGCACAGGAAAAACCAGUCCAUCUUCAAACGGGAGCAGAAGGCUGCAGCCACUCUGGGCAUCGUGGUGGGCGCCUUCUCCUUCUGCUGGCUGCCGUUCUUCUUGGUGUCCACUGCGAGGCCGUUUGUCUGCGGCGUGGAGUGCAGCUGUGUGCCGCUCUGGCUGGAAAGAACUCUGUUGUGGCUGGGAUACGCCAACUCCCUCAUUAAUCCUUUUAUUUAUGCAUUUUUCAAUCGUGAUCUGAGGACCACCUACAGUAACCUCCUGCGGUGCCGCUACAGGAACAUCAAUCGGAAGCUGUCAGCGGCUGGCAUGCACGAGGCUCUGAAACUGGUGGAGAAGCCAGACACUGAUGUGUAAAGCUGUAGGUCUGCCAAUCAACGAUGCUGCAGAGACCAACAGAGACAACUGCCAGGGAGAAUGCCUAGUGGGGUUUAGACUGCGGCACAAGGCCACCACGCUGCCAGAAUGGUUAUUUCCCCAAAUUUGUGAAAUGAUUGCUCAGGUGAGAUGAGGCAGGAUGCUGUGAUUAAAUGGGUGCACAUGAAGGAACACUGAAGAAGCCUGAAUCUUAUUAUCUGGGGAUCGCGGAAAAAAUUGAGGGAACAUUGUGAUGAAUUCAUAUUGUCUGAAUAGUGGCCGCUGCAGUGCACUCACUGCUACUGAACAAUUAUGGCCAGCUAGUGUAAUGAUGGUCGCUACCUUGGUGCAUUCACAACUGGUUGCUACCCUACUGAACAGUCUUUUGCACAUGACACUGUUACAAAAGUUGGUGGAGCUACACAAUGACUUUGCACUCUCACCACCAUGAGUGGAAACUUUUCUACCGCAGCAGCCAGUGUCUUGAAUUUUCAGACUGAGCCAAGGAAAACUAACAAACAAAAAUGGAGGAGUUCUUGGAGAGCAAGCGGCCCAUGAGGCUACAACACCAAAUGUGUUCACCUUGGUCCCUGGUCAUCACAGUGACACUAUUUUUCACUGCUUCUAAAUGUUGAGUUUCCUUCAGUGGACAAGCAUGAUAACAAGAGGACAAUAAAAGCUCAACUGACAUGUAAAAUUUGUACACAAGUCGACAGCCGUGCUGUUUCUGGGACAAACCUUAUUUCAGAGGUCCUCUGACGAUCUACCAGACCUGACAUGAGUUUAUAUCUUUUGAAGAAGCUUUUUUUUGUUAAUGCCACAAUGUGUUGAAUGUGCCAAAAUUUGCUCCCUUCUCCUCUUCUCAAGUCCUGACCACGACUUUGUUGAAAAACGAUUCAUCAAUCAGCAUCGGAUGUUUUAUAACCAGGCUGCUCACUCGAUGAUGUGAGGAACUAGUAGGUGAUAUCACAGGAUGGAAGCCAACACAGUAGAGAUGUAAAGAUGUAUAGAGAAAAAUCAUCACUUAGGACUUAUUUGAAUGUGCCUGUGCCUUUUACUCAGUCAUCGUUAAAGGUUGAUUUACAGCACAGAAGAGUUUCUUUUCAAACUAUGCACCUCGUGUUUUAGAUUUGACACAGUGUGUGACAGUCCUGUGAGCACUCCCGAGUCGAUCGUGGCUCCGUGUGAGCCUUGUUGUGUAUUAUGUCACACAAUAGCUUGUGAGCCAGGCACUAUCCAGACAAAAGCUAAUGGAGGAGUGGAUCAUGGUUAAAACUGAGAUUUCAAGAUGGUCUGCUUUUCUCUUGUAGAUUUUUUUUAUUUCAGUGACACUAUCCCAAUCCAUACCCAUGUCAUACCAAGUCAUUAUCAGUUCAACAGCUGGUUAUUUCUGGUCUAAAGAAUGUCAGAAAAUACACAAUAAAUGCCAAAUGACAAUUUCUCAGACCCCAAGGUGAUGUCGUCGAAUUCCUU